CCGUGAAAAAACCGGGACCAGAAAAAUUGUUGAGAUUGUGCGAAAAAUUCGACUUCCGUCUCCUUGGGGGAUAAACUCUUCAAGUUCUUCAUUAUUUACUCCAUUACAAUUUGAAUAAUCGUGGAAGAGUCAUUUAAUAUCAUGUGGCUCAUUUCGUCGAUUUUUAUCAUCUGUGUGGUAAAAAUAUUAGUCGAUUGGCACCGGCCCAGAAGCUUUCCCCCAGGACCUCGUGGAUUACCAUUCGUCGGAAAUAUUCUGGACGUAAGGAAUUUAGUAAAACAGACUGGUUCCCAUGGAAUCGCGUGGUGUCAGUUGGCGAAGGAGUAUGGGCCAGUGGUGGGCCUACGUCUGGGUCUGGCGGAUCCCCUGAUCAUCGUUUCCGGUCGUGAGGCCGUUAUGGAGAUGCUAGGACGACAGGAGUUCGAUGGAAGACCAAAUGGCUUCAUAUUUUCCCACAGGACAAUGGGGGAGAGACGUGGGGUUCUCUUCACCGAUGGAAAAAUUUGGAGUGAUCAGCGGAGAUUCUCCUUGAAGAAUCUGAGAGAUUUCGGCUGGGGCACUCAAACGAUGGAGGAACUCAUCUUGGACGAUGCAGUAAAUCUCAUUAAAGUCAUCGGUAAAGCCGCAAAUGAUGGGGUCAUCAAAAAUAUGAGUCAAUUCACCUCUUUAGCGGUUCUUAAUAGUAUCUGGUCUUUAAUUGGAGGCUUCAGGUAUGAUAUAUCAAAAGGCGACCCGAAAUUGGUAGAAACCCUGAAGAUGUUGAGUGCGGCUGUGAAGGAAUCGAGCGUCUCUGGAGGUUUGCUGAAUCAUCUACCAUUUCUCAGGUACCUAGCACCCCAGUUCUCGGGUUACAAAGCUGUUACAGAGAGGCUGUGCCGUAUGUGGUCAUUCUUCGCCGAUGAGGUAACAUCACACAAAGACACGCGUCAGUCUGGGGUACACAGAGAUUUGAUUGAUGUGUAUCUGGAGGAGAUCGAGGCGAGGGAUGGUGAUCCGACUUCAACCUUCAAUGAAAUGCAACUCGUUGCCCUCAUAAAAGACUUCUUCAGUGCAGGGGUCGACACAACGACCAAUAGCAUCGGAUUCACCAUUGCCUACUUGGCAAUUACACCGGAAGUGCAAUAUAAAGUGCAGGAAGAAUUAGACAGAGUAUUAGGAAAAGAGACUUUGCCUUCGGCGGCGACUCGACCUUCAUUGCCAUAUAUGAAUGCAACACUCGCGGAGGUUUUACGAUUGGCAAAUAUCGGACCGACAUCGAUUCCACAUAGAGCUGUUGUGGACACUCACCUGAAAGGCUUCAACAUUAGAAAAGAUUCUAUGAUCUUGGCGAAUUUGAUGAGCGUCCACCAGGAUGAAGAACACUGGGGAGAUCCCGAGGUUUUCAGGCCGGAGAGGUUUCUCGAUGAAAACCAUCAAUUCAUCAAUGAUCCUUGGCUCGUAGCUUUCGGAGCUGGUCGACGAAAAUGUUUGGGGGAGGGUUUCGCGAGAAAUAGUCACUUCCUCUUCGUCUCUUGUUUACUCCAAAAAUUCAAUUUUUCAUUGCCUCCAGGUGACAGAGCGCCAGCAAUGCAAGGAAUGGAUGGGUUCACUCUCUCACCACCCAUUUUCGAUAUCAUCGUGACUCCCAGAUAAUUAUGGAGAACAGUAUUCAU